GAAUGAGGAAUCCAACCGAUCAAAGGGUGUUGUUUGGUUUGGAGAGAGAGAGCGUGCCUAAGAAUAAACAUAUGAUAUGACUUGGGAGUGACUGAGUGGUAAGACUAGGUCGAGAUUUAGCAAGUAGAAGACCGGUGGUUGCGCGCUUGCGCUCGUGCAAAAGAACGAAAAACCAACCAAAACGCAACACACAUGAAUGAGAUCGCAUCCUUCCUUCCAUUUUCUUCUCCUAACGAUCUUGUACACCAAAUUACGCAGCAACUACCCGAAAAAACAAAGAAAAAAAAUUUAAAAAAAAUCAAAAAAUAUAUCGAAAAAGAAAAAAAGAAGAAAAGAAGUGGGAGUUGUGGCAUUGUAGAGGAAGGGGAUCGUGGAGAUGGAAAAAUUAGGAUCAAUGACCAAAGAAGGAGCCUCAUCUUCCUCUACCAAAAGGAAGUCCAGAAGACCCAAAUAUUCCAAGUUCACACAGCAAGAGCUUUCAGCUUGCAAACCAAUUUUAACACCAGGAUGGGUUAUUUCUAUAUUUGUCACAAUCGGCAUUAUCUUUAUCCCUAUUGGCUUUGCUUCCUUAUUUGCAUCAGAGCGUGUGGUGGAAAUUAUAGACCACUAUGACAAAGAUUGUGUUCCUCUUAGAUAUACGGACGAUAAGCUUGCAUUUAUUCAGAGUAGUAAAACUAACAAGACCUGUAUUAGGGGACUAACUGUUCCAAAACAAAUGAAAUCUCCCGUUUACAUCUACUACCAGCUUGAUCAUUUCUAUCAGAAUCAUCGCCGAUAUGUUAAAAGUAGAAGUGACAGUCAGUUGCGGAGCAAAUCUGAUGAGAAUAAAACAAGCACCUGUGAUCCUGAACGCAAUUCACCAAAUGGUUCAAUUGUUCCCUGUGGUCUGAUUGCAUGGAGUUUGUUUAAUGACACAUACAAGUUUUCAGUGAAAAACAAACAACUGGGGGUCAACAAAAAGGACAUCACAUGGAAAAGUGACCAGGGGAAUAAGUUCGGCUCGGAUGUCUAUCCUAAAAAUUUCCAGAGUGGGGGUUUGAUUGGAGGAGCAAAACUGAAUUCUAGCAUACCUCUGAGUGAACAAGAAGAUCUUAUUGUUUGGAUGCGGACUGCAGCACUGCCAACGUUCAGAAAACUAUAUGGGAGGAUAGAAGUGGACCUUGAAGCUAAUGAUGUAGUAAUUGUAACAAUAGAGAAUAAUUAUAACACCUACAGCUUCGGUGGCAACAAGAAGCUCGUACUUUCAACCGCAAGCUGGAUUGGUGGAAAGAAUUAUCUGCUAGGCAUAGCAUACCUUACUGUUGGCGGACUCUGUUUGUUCUUGGCCAUAAGCUUCAUACUUCUAUAUUUGAUAAAGCCAAGGCCUCUUGGGGAUACAUCCUACUUGUCUUGGAACAGAGGUGCAUCAGGAGGACAUAUAUUUAUUAGCUAGGAGUAUCCACUAGUACAAGGUUUUUCUGGACAAUCUCUUUUGUCAUCAGUGAUAGGACCAGAUCGGGAUUUAUAUCUGUUUCUAAAAACAUCCUACCUUUUUUUUUUUUUUUUUUUUUUUUUUUGGGGUUUAUUUUGUUGAUAAUUUUAAAAGCACCCAGGCUUGAUCAGUAAGUGUAUAUAUUUCAUUACAGUUGUUGAUAUCAGGAACUUUUCAAGAAGGAAUGGCCUUGCAUA